CAGUCUUCCACGUUCGAACAAAUGAGUAUAAAAUUCUUGUACACAAACAACCGUAACAAAGAAGAACACGAGACAAAUUAUUACAAAUUUAGAGCAGCUAUAUAUACGAGGGUGCUCAACCGAGCUGCAGGGAACUGGGAAAUCCACUUUCGACUCAUCACUACCCGGCGCGAGCGUCUUGACUGCGAGCGAAGGACUAUCGAACAAUUCUGCGAGUCAACCGCCGUGUCAAAUAAACAUAGUUGAACGUCGGAUUUGAGCGGUGAUAUACAUAUGCAUCUGUUGGCUGAACAGUUCUAAGGUGAUAAUAUGGCGCAAUUUUAUGUGAUAUUAACUGUGGCAGCGCUUUGCACGAGUUUUGCCCAGGCAGGCUUCCUGGAUUGGUUUCGCAGCAGCGCCAACAAAGGGCACAGUAUUUGCAAGGUGGACUUCGAAGUGCUGGAUCCGAAAGGUCUAAGACUAUGGACGGUUCACAAGCCGGAGACGAAAAUGUUUGGCGUUGAGCUGUUUAUCAAUCCAACCGGAAAAAGUGACCAGACGACUUGUAAUUUAUGUAAGAAUACCACUGAGGUCAUGCACGGCAAGUUCUUCAUACAAGACGACAAUGUGAUAGUGAAGAAAGGUGAUGUGUUAGAAUUCGUCGUGAUUACUGAUAACGGAAAAACAGUUCAGCGCCACAAACGCAGGAAGCUUGUUGUUAAUGACUACAUUAUUAAACCGGAGGGACGCUGUGCUUGUCCUGCACCUGUGCAACACUCGGCCGUUCGUGAGGCUGACCCAGCAGGAGAGAUCGAGCUACUGGAACGCAUAAUAUCUAAUCUAUCCAACCGUUGCGCCGAAGGAGUUGUCUCCAACUAUCUCUUCCUUCAAGUGGGAACUCCGGCAGGACCGUCGGAUCUUGUCCAACGUGUGAAAACAUAUUUCACAUCCAACACUCUUCUUAAACCGUACGCCGAGGCAGUAAUUUCUGCCGAAGAAUAUGCUGAUGGAAUUGGGUUCCAAAUGAAGUCUGUUAUCGAUAAGCUGAAAGUUCUACAACUAGGAAACGCUGCCGGAGACAUUUUAGAUUACGAUGGUUUCACAACCGUCGAUAAGAUUGACAUUAGAGUGUCGGAAUGAAGAAUAUGAUAGUGUUGAUUGUUUUAUA